CAGCGCGAAAGUUCACGCCCGUCUUUGCCGCCUCCGCAACCCCACAGCCAUCCCUACAUUCACUCUUGAGAUCGCCUCGCCGUGUGCGACAGUCUCAGAACCGCCUGCAUCGAGGUGCUGCACGCCUGCGGACCCGCGCCAUCUCGUUAGCGAACACGCGAGCCCCGCAAGCGACCAUCGGGCGCGCUUCUCCAGGCCCAGCCCGGCCUCUUGACGUCGCCCGACGACCUACCUGCGCUCCAGACAGAACCUUUGCGUCGCCUGCGCCCGCCCCAGCAGCCUGUAUACGCGCCUGAUGACGGGGUGGUGAGUGACGACACGUCCUGAGCAUGGCAUCGCCGUCGCCGCCUAAGCCGUGGGAGCGAAGCGGAGGCGCAACCAGUGCCUCGGUUGGCUUGACGGGAACCAACACAGCAGCAGCGCCGACUGCGACAGCAUCAACAGCAUCAUCAAAUCCGCCGCCACUGCCCGAGGUCCCCAGCUCCCUCAGCACGGUUGCGAACCGCAACGCAUCCAACUACUCGACCAUGAACGCAAACAGAUAUGGAUCGCCCUACGGAAGCACCAUGGGAGGCAUGGGCGCCAUGGGGGGGAUGGGCGGCUACUCUUCGCCAUACAACCGGAUGGGAGGCUACGGAUCCAUGUACGGCGGUGGGAUGGGCGGCAUGUACGGGGGCAUGGGCGGGAUGGGCAUGGGCAUGGGAGGCAUGUACGGCGGCAUGGGCAUGCCCGGCGACCCCAACAACAUGAGCCUUACCCAGUCCUUCAGCCAGAGCACACAGACGACCUUCCAGCUGAUAGAAGGCAUCGUCGGUGCGUUCGGCGGCUUCGCGCAGAUGCUCGAGAGCACGUACAUGGCGACACACUCCUCAUUCUUCGCAAUGGUCUCCGUCGCCGAGCAAUUCGGCAACCUCCGCCAGACCCUAGGCUCCGUCCUGGGCAUCUUCACUCUCAUGCGCUGGAUCCGCACCGCCAUCGCAAAGCUCACGGGGCGCCCGCUCCCCGCCUCCUCCAAAGACCUGACCCCCGCCUCCUUCGCCGCCUUCUCCGGCCGCGCCCCAGACGGCUCCGCGCUCCCCGCCAAGCCCUCCAAAAAGCCCUUCAUCAUGUUCAUGCUCGCCGUCUUCGGCCUGCCCUAUCUCAUGGGCAAGCUCAUCCGCACGCUCGCCCGCAACCAGGAGGAGGAACAAAAGCGCCUCAUGGCCGCCGACCCCCUGGCCGCUGGCGAGCCCCUCGACCCAAACAAGCUCGAGUUCUGCCGCGUGUUGUACGACUUCGUGCCCGAUGCCACCAUGAACGCGCAGCCGGGGCUCGACCUCGCCGUCAAAAAGGGCGACAUGGUCGCCGUGCUCUCCAAGAGCGACCCCAUGGGCAACGCGUCCGAGUGGUGGCGCUGCCGGAGCCGCGACGGCCGCAUGGGGUACCUCCCCGGCGUGUACCUCGAGACGAUCCAGCGGCGGCAGCCCGCGCAGAUUACUGCGGGCAGCCAGCCCGGCAGCAGGGCGCAGACCAUGACGAGCAGCGUUGGCCUCGAUGCGAGCCGCGCCGCGAGCCUGACACAGAAGAGCGUUGCGCCGGCGCCCAAGGUCGAGGGCAAGGCCGGCGACAUGGGCGUCGAGAGUUUCCAGAAGGGCGCGUUCUACUCGUGAACCGUCCCUGCAUUGAUCCUUUCUUUCUUCUCAUAAUUUGGAAUCUUGGGAGAAUACUGCGUGUACAGGACAUCACGGCGUACUACAGGCAGCAUUGUUAUCCGCGGUUGGCUACGCUUUUUCUUGUGUAUACUGUUUUUUCUGUCGGGUUGGCCGUGGGAUGGGGGCAAAAGCUGGAGCAUUGGCUUGCUACUCGGUUCCAUUUAGUGUAGAUGGUACAGGCUCAAGAUACGACUUCGAAGACGGAUCUGCGUGCACAGUCAAUGUGAUUUCGAGGUUGUGUUUUGCGUCGGCUGUUCCUGGGGUUUUGGACAAGUAUUCCGGUUGAAACAGGUGAACGCAGUGAAGUGAAUUCGCAGUCAUCCAUCACCGAGUGCAUUUGUGG